UUCGAAGCCCAACAACGCCGAUUGUCGUCACGUUCUCCUCAUCCAAUCUUCUGCUUCACGAGCUCUGAUUCGGCUUAAAGCUAAGGCCUUUGACGAAACAUCAGAUGCUAACGUUACAAGGAUUGGACUGAGACGAAAGGAAGCUUUUUUUUUUUUAUGGGUACCGGGUCAAGUUCGGAUCCGGAGUCGAGUUCGUCCGGGUGGAGCAGGGCUCCUGGUUUGGUAGCGAAGGCUCUGUUUCUGAUCGGCGGCGCUGUUCUCCUGAAGCGUCUCACGAAAUCCACCACUCGCUGGGACCACUCUCAAGUCGUCUCUCGCUCUCUCAGUGGCGAGAAGUUUUCAAAGGAGCAGGCAUCAAAGGAUCCUGAUAAUUACUUCAACAUAAGAAUGAUGAGCUGUCCAGCAGCUGAGAUGGUGGAUGGUUCGCAGGUUUUGUAUCUCGAGCAGGCAUUUUGGAGAACACCUCAAAAACCCUUUAGACAAAGAUUGUACAUGGUUAAGCCUUGCCCAAAGGAACUGAAAUGUGAUGUCGAGGUGAGCUCAUAUGCAAUUAGAGAUGCUGAGGAGUACAAAAAUUUCUGUGACCGCCCAAAGGACCAACGCCCGCUUCCCGAAGAAGUUAUUGGUGACAUAGGGGAGCAUUUGACAACCAUACAACUUAGCUGUUGCGACCGCGGAAAGCGUUGCUUAUAUGAAGGAUCAGCUCCACCUGGUGGUUUCCCAAAUUCAUGGAAUGGUGCAAGCUAUUGUACAUCUGAUCUUACAGUCCUGAAAAACAAUGAGAUACACCUCUGGGAUCGCGGGUUUGAUGAUGAUGGAAACCAGGUAUGGGGACCAAAGGAAGGCCCGUACGAGUUCAAACCGGCUCCGUCAUCGUCAAGCAUCAACAACGAUGUGUUCUCUCCUUUGAAUAUAUUUCCUCAAUCUACACUUGAUAAACCAAUCAAAGGAUCCUUCAUUUUGCAAGAGUAG